AUGAGCGCUUCGACGUCAAAGAGUAAGGCGGACAUGUCGGCACAGGAGCUGCGGGCUCUCGAGGAGGAGGAGUUCAACAGCGGUCCGCUGUCGGUGUUGCAGAUGGCCGUGCGCAACAACACACAGGUGCUGGUCAGCCUGCGCAACAACCACAAGCUGCUGGCGCGCGUCAAGGCAUUCGACCGCCACUGCAACAUGGUGCUCGAGAACGUCAAGGAGAUGUGGACUGAGACGCCCAAGGCUGGGAAGGGCGUCAAGCGCGCUGCCGCCAUCAACAAGGACCGGUUCAUCAGCAAGAUGUUCCUGCGCGGCGACUCGGUCAUUGUCGUUCUGCGGAGCACUGCGUAG